AUUUCUAGAACUGUAAUUUUUUAAUGCGAUUCAGAAGCUCGAAUAUGUACGACGUAAGUGUAUUUCGAGUAAAACCUUAUCGCGAAAGAGUUUUCUAGCAAAAGUGCUCACCUGUACCAGGAAGAUUAUGCAAUUUUUUAAACUAUAGUUUUAAGUGUGGUGCAAGUUUGGUGGAUUUUUGUUUUUUAAAGCCGUGAAUGAUAAUAUUAUCAUCAUGAGCGCACCGAUCAUCAUAACUGUACCCAAUAAUUACCUGACGGUGGAUGAAAUGGAGUCGAAGGUUGUUGUCGACGUAUCUCCUCCACCGUCCAGGAAACGAAGAUUGGAUCAUUUAACAUGGGAGGAAAAGAUGCAACGAAAGAAGCUGAAGAACAGAGUUGCAGCGCAGACCUCGAGGGACAGGAAGAAGGCGAAAAUGGAUGAGAUGGAGGCCAAGAUCCAGAAAUUCAUGGACAUGAACGAGAGAUUGAUGGGUGAAGUGGAGAACCUCAAAGCGAUGAACGAGAGGUUACUGAGCGAGAACGCAGCGCUACGCAGCGAAGCCGCGGCACGGAACGUCGCGGGAGCCCCGAGACCAGCAGAGUCUCUACCUCAGCAGAAGGUGGGGCCCCCGACGGCGCUUCGUGCGGCGCGCGUGCUGCUGGCGAUGUGUCUCCUCUCACAGACCUCCUCGCUCAGCUCGACUCAGACCACUUCGACCUCGACGCCCUCCAUCAACUUGCAGACUCCCUCCUCCAAGAGAUUGAUGCAGGUGCUGCAGGAGAGGCUGAAAAUGUCGAAGUCCGGGAACCUAGAAGGUGCCCUGAAGGAGAUAAAGUGGUGGGGCCCACAGCAGAGCAACUGGAACCCAGUAGAAGUGAGCUCGUAGACGCCAAACACGAUAUCAACAGGAUACUGGAACAUUCGUACGCACAUCCCCACCCCGACACUACUAAGGAGAACGGAGACAAGGGGGACAUAUUCUACGCGAGUUAUGAAGCAAACGACUGCAUCACGGUAGAAGUACCCUCAGAUGAUGAUAACGUCGAAGAACCAGCGGCAGAGGAGACACAGUUCACAUGUCUAACGACAGACUGCCCCGACAUUACACUGGAGUGCGACAUGAAACUACUGUCCCCCAUGAGUCUGUCCCCCAAGUCAGCUGAUGAGAACCUGCUCGGUGUAUCUCCAACACACACGACCUUCUCAGAUUUAGGCUACGAGUCCCUCGCGUCGCCUCUCAGCGAAUCAGAAUCUAUGGAUUUGUCAGAUUUUUGGUGUGAAUCGUUUUCAGAAUUAUUUCCUGGCUUAGCAUGAGCUUAGGGCAUAAAUCUGAAUUACCACCGAAGACUGAUUAGUUCGUAAGGAUUCUAGUGACAUUAAUUUUAAUAAAUUAAUAUAUUCGUAAUUUGUUAUUAUUAAGGGAUGUAAUAUGUAAUGUUAAUAAACUGUAUGCUGUUGAAAA